AUGACCAGGCAAAUCACGGUUAUUGGCGCCACAGGCAUUCAAGGCGGGUCUGUCAUCAGGGCUCUGGUGAAUGACCGUGCCUACUCACUUACAGCCAUCACUCGCAAUUGUCAAAGCGAAGCAGCCAAGAAACUCUUAUCACAGGGAAUUCGUAUUAUUGAGGCUAACCUCGACGAUGUCGCUUCACUUCAAGCGGCCUUUUCUGGGACGUCGGUUAUUUUCGCUGCCACAAACUUCUUUGAACCUUUCAUGAAGUGCGAUGCCGAACAGGCUAUCGAGAUUGAGGCAAGACACGGAAGUAAUAUUGCUAAAGCCGCAGCUAUGACACCAACACUGGAGCACUUCAUCUGGUCAACUCUUCCCAACACAUACCGAAUCAGUGGAGGCAAAUUCGCAGUCCCCCAUUAUGUGAGCAAGAACAGGGUCGACGACUUUAUCAAGUCCGACCCGGCGCUACUCUCUAAGACGACGUUUCUCUGGGUCUCCGGCUACGCUUCUAAUAUGAACUACCCAUUUUAUCGCCCAUUUCCUGUUGCAACGGCCGGAGAGAACAAGUACAUCCAGCUCCAACCAACUUCGGCAUCCGUGCAAUUCUCACUCGUCGGUGAUGCGGCAGUCAACGUCGGCCUUUUUACGAGAGCAAUCAUCGAGCAAUCCGAAAAGACACUAGGCGGCAAAUUCGUGUAUGGCAUGACUGAUGUUAUGACAGCCGGAGAGAUGCUUGCGACAUGGGCAGAAGUGCACGGCGUCGAAGCAGAAUACGUGCAGGUAGACAAGGAGACAUAUUACAGCCUGUGGCCCAAAUGGGGCAAGGCAAUGGAUAAGAUGCAUGAAUACGUCGAGUGGGCUAAAGAAAAGAGUUUCUCGGGCGAAGACGUUAUCCUGACCAAGGAAGAUCUGGGUAUCACUGGAUUAAAAGACACGCGGGCUGCAUUCGCCGAGAUGUAA